AAGCACUGAAGGCUGCCAACUUUCCGCCUCGUGAGAAAACUAGUUGUUGGUUGGAAUGCACAAAAUGGCUCGCCGCGUCAUGCCACUGAGCUGUUGUCUCCCAAAACAGCAAGACCGCCAACCUACCUGGACACCAGCAGAAUAACGACGUUAUCUGGUAUCACCGGGGUGUCUCUCGCUCAGAAACGUCUUCGUUCGCAAGCAAUGCACGAGAUUGUGUCAUCUCUAUGGCGCUGUCUCCGUUCGCGCGAGCGUCAGGGACGAUUCGUGUCCUGUUGCUAUGCCCCUCGAUCAGCGUUGGGAGCAUUGAUUGCAAUUCCUCAACACAAUUUGAGGGCCAUAUCCAACGAAGGACGAGACAGUUCGAUUGUCGAGCUGCAAGAUUACCAGAAACGUGGCGCGAAUGGUGGUUCAGUGGUUCGCUUCACCCGCGAACGCCGCUCAGCCAGCCUGACCUUGUUCUCUCCUCCAAUCAAGGGGCAAGGAAUGACCUGGGGCCUCGGCCUUGGGCAUUCGCCUGUUUGGGAGCCCGGCCAUGGCGAACCAAUAUUGAUGGCAGCUUGGAACGCCUGUUCGGUGGAUAUUUUGCCGACCGCUUUUUACCACUGACAAGCGAAAUAACGACUUCAUGCCUAUCCACAUUCCUGCCAGCCGGUCUGCCCGCAGUGGUCCGUCGCAGAGCAACUCGUGCAGGGGCCCUGCAGACGUGCCGUGGGAGGCAACGCCAGUGAAGGUGACUUGCAUAUCAUGUCUGGCUGUCAUUCGCCGGUGAACGCUAGGAUGGCACAGACCCAGGGUGCGCGACCCCCACGUUGCUCUUUGCAAAGUUCACAUAUUCUGGUCCGGUUGAUGGAGGCAGGAACAGCUGCUCGAGCAAUAUACUCUUAUCUC